GCAAUACACCAUGUGCAGCUAGAGACACGCCAUCUACACCGUCAAUUUCUCGAUACGUUACAAAAUUUUCUACAAAAUUCGCCAUCAGAAUAGAAAUUAGAAAAGUUGGAAACUACAAAGAUGGUUCUCUGAAACUUCUUUCUAUUUUCGACGAUCUUUCAAUUUUCCCGCUUGGCAUUUUCCCUUUUCUGCUCCACUGUUUAAUCUUCGAAUAGAAUAAUCAGAUCGGAUCUCGAGAACGAAAUUUUCUAUUUUUUGUGGAGCUCUGAGAAAAUGCAAACAAGGUAUAUGGAAAGAUCAAAUAGUAUGGCGGCUAGAGAAAAACGUAGUUUGGAUCCGAGUAGUAGCCAGGAAGGUCAACCUGAUCGGAAACGUCCUGCUCUUGCCAGUGUUAUUAUUGAAGCACUGAAGGUGGACAGUCUACAGAAACUUUGUUCAUCCCUGGAACCAGUUCUUCGGAGAGUUGUGAGCGAAGAAGUUGAACGUGCUUUAGCAAAGUUAGUUCCCGCCAAUCUUAAUGGAAGGGUUUCUCCAAAAAGAAUUGAAGGGCCCGAUGGAAGAAAUCUGCAGUUGCACUUCAGGUCCAAGUUGUCACUACCUCUCUUUACCGGAGGAAAAGUGGAGGGAGAGCAGGGUGCAAUACUUGUUGUCUUGCUUGAUGCAAUCACAGGCCACGUUGUAACAUCAGGUCCAGAAUCCUCAAUUAAAUUAGAUGUGGUUGUGCUUGAAGGUGAUUUUAACAAUGAGGAUGAAGAGGGGUGGACUCCAGAAGAAUUUGAGUCUCAUAUAGUGAAAGAGCGGGAAGGAAAGAGGCCACUUCUAACUGGGGACUUACAAGUGACGUUGAAGGAAGGUGUAGGAACCCUUGGGGAGUUGACGUUUACAGACAACUCUAGUUGGAUCAGGAGUAGAAAGUUUAGACUAGGUUUGAAAGUUGCAUCUAGUUAUUGUGAGCUUUUCAAUAUCCGUGAAGCAAAAACAGAUGCCUUCACUGUCAAGGAUCACAGAGGAGAGUUGUACAAAAAACAUUACCCACCUGCACUGAAUGAUGAAGUUUGGAGAUUGGAAAAGAUUGGGAAAGAUGGUUCAUUCCACAAGAGGCUUAAUAAAGCUGGAAUAUUCACAGUAGAAGAUUUUCUGCGUCUUGUAGUGAGAGACCCUAAAAGGCUUCGGAGUAUAUUGGGAAGUGGAAUGUCGAAUAAGAUGUGGGAUGUUCUUCUAGAGCAUGCAAAGACCUGUGUCCUAACUGGAAAACUCUAUGUCUACUAUCCUGAUGAGCUGAAGAAUAUUAGUGUGGUGUUUAACAAUAUCUAUGAAUUUAGUGGUCUAAUCGCUGGUGGACAAUAUCAUUCAGUUGAUUCUCUUUCUGACAGUCAGAAGGAGUUUGUCGACACUCUGGUAAAGAAAGCAUAUGACAAUUGGAUGCAUGUUAUAGAAUAUGAUGGCAAGUCUCUCCUGGGCUUUGAUGAAAAUAAAGGUUCUGUUGGUUCACAGAUUGAUCCAAAAAAUCAGCCAAGCUGUUUUGAUCAGCUCAGACGACAAAGUAUUCCUGCUGAGCAUCCUUCUAUGGAUCUGAAUUCUGGAUUGAGUAUGGGAGGGUAUAAUGACACUACCGGCAGCAGAUAUCAGAUGCAAUCACAAAACAUGAACUUCAAAGCCGCCAUUCAGUUGGACAACACUUCAUUCCAUCCACAUGACCAGCCUAUCAACACGGCACUAGCAGCUCAUCCAUCUGGAAGUGAGAAUGUGCUAGCACUUGGUCCGUCAAAGUCAACUGUGCAAAACUUCCAUGUUGGUAACACAUCAAAUCUUAUUUCUUAUAGAGGAUAUGAGGAUUUCUGCCCAGAGGAUGAAAUUCGCAUAAGAAGUCACGAGAUGCUGGAAAACGAAGACAUGCAGCAUAUGCUUCGUGUAUUUAGUAUGGAUGGCCAUGGUCGUGCUCCCUUUAAUGGCAACGAGUAUAACUACGCAUUCAACCCUGACGUGCCUUCUAACUAUCGUAUUAAGGAGAAUAGAACACGUUCGUCUGGCAAAGCUGUUGUUGGGUGGCUCAAACUCAAAGCAGCUCUGAGGUGGGGCAUCUUCAUCAGGAAGAAAGCCGCCGAGAGAAGAGCUCAGAUUACUGAAUUGGAUGAUUGAUAGAUAUGGCAAAUUGUGGCACUGCCAAGCCUCCAUAGUGCUGGAGUAUCGGCUAACCUGAGUCUGCUGAAGACUCUUGAGCAAUUUGAAUGCAACACUUUCUGGCUGUUUAGUGAGAUUUUUAUUUUUUCCAUUUUGACAAUAAAUUUUCAGCGCCUGCUAAUUUUAUGACAAGCUAUUCCUACGAGGAUGGAAGUCACACUAUCCUAACUGAAGGAGAUGAACUUUAAGAGCAUGUUUGGUUAAUCAUAAAAGUCGAACUUACUUUUAUGUCAAUUAUUGUUUUAACGUC